GCGGCGGUGCGGUUUGGCUCGGUCUCCCAGUGACAUUGGGCGCUAAUACAUUUCAGUCCGAGAAAGUUGUGCCGAGAGGAAUAGCAGUGGGAUUUCUAAGAACCACUAAGCAGUGGGAGCAGCCGGGUUACGCGCAGCAACUGAAGGACUAGGGGACUGACUGGGAAAGAACUUUUGACGCACUUGUCAGCGCUAAAGACGCGUAUGCUGUUGCUGGGAGACUAAACGUGUUUCCUGCUCCCCGGGGCUCCUGAUCUCGGAGUCCCGACAUAUGCCGCUUCCACUGGCCGCGCCGGAGCCAACACUCUCCCCUCACUGUGCAACGCGACCAAAGUGCGAGCGACAUGUGCCCAGCGCUACUUCCCGCCCACUGACUGCACCGCGACAGCUUCUGACCGGACUACUCACAUGGCGUGACCGGGACUACUUGUGCCACUGUCUGAGAAGGAGCCGAGUAUGAAGUGGGCUGCGGUCACAAUGCUGAUGGUGGUGUUUGGCUGCAGGAUGAGAAGAAUAGUUGUACGGAACAUGAGCUGUGCCCGUGUCUCUGGCCUGGAUCUGCCGUAUUGAUGAGGGAACCUGCUGCCGGACUUCACAUCAUGGGCAGGCUCAAAUCUGCCAUCUUUGCACUGGUGUUUGUGAUUCUACUUCUGGACUAUUUUGCACCCUCACAAGCAGCGUCCAAAGCCAUUGUGUGCCAAGAGAUAACGGUGCCCAUGUGCAAGGGCAUUGGCUACAAUCACACCUAUAUGCCCAACCAGUUUAAUCACGACACUCAAGAUGAAGCGGGAAUGGAAGUGCACCAGUUUUGGCCCUUGGUUGUGAUCCAGUGUUCUCUUGAUUUGAAGUUUUUCCUGUGUAGCAUGUAUACACCUAUCUGCCUGCCUGACUAUGGGAAGCCUCUCCCUCCCUGCAGAUCGGUGUGCGAGAGAGCUAAAGCGGGUUGUUCUCCUCUCAUGAGAAAGUAUGGGUUUGCUUGGCCAGAGAGAAUGAACUGUGAUCGAUUGCCAGAGCACGGGGACCCUGAUACACUCUGCAUGGACUAUAACUGGACUGAGACCACCACAACUCCACCACCCACGUAUCCGCCUAAAGUAAAAACACCUACUAGCGACUGUGAUGGUGUCUGCAAAUGCAGGGAACCCUUUGUCUCCAUAACCAGAGAAUCCCACCCGCUCUACAACAGAAUCAAAACUGGGCAGGUACCUAAUUGUGCUAUGCCAUGUUUCCAGCCCUACUUCACGCAGGAUGAAAAGACAUUUGCAACUUUCUGGAUUGGCCUGUGGUCCAUUCUGUGUUUCAUCUCAACCUUUACUACAGUGGCCACAUUUCUGAUUGACAUGGAGCGCUUUAGAUAUCCAGAGCGUCCUAUUAUUUUUUUAUCGGCUUGCUAUAUGUUUGUGUCCAUUGGCUACAUUGUCAGACUUAUAGUGGGCCAUGAACAUGUGGCUUGCAACAAAGAUCAUAUUCACUAUGAGACCACAGGACCUGCUCUGUGCACAGUUGUCUUUUUACUUAUCUACUUUUUCGGAAUGGCCAGCUCCAUCUGGUGGGUAAUCUUAACGUUCACAUGGUUUUUGGCUGCGGGCAUGAAGUGGGGAAACGAGGCCAUCGCUAGCUAUUCUCAGUAUUUUCAUAUGGCUGCUUGGUUGAUACCCAGUGUCAAAUCCAUAGCUGUCCUCGCUUUAAGCUCAGUUGAUGGAGACCCAGUGGCUGGUAUCUGCUACGUUGGAAACCAAAACCUUGACAACCUACGAGGCUUUGUGCUGGCUCCUUUAGUGGUGUAUCUUUUCACCGGCACCAUGUUUCUCCUAGCUGGCUUUGUCUCUCUCUUCAGAAUCAGGAGUGUUAUAAAACAAGGUGGCACCAAAACAGACAAACUGGAAAAACUGAUGAUCAGGAUUGGCAUCUUUUCUGUACUUUAUACUGUGCCAGCUACCAUUGUCGUGGCUUGUUAUAUAUAUGAACAGCACUAUAGAGAACAUUGGGAAAAGGCCCACAACUGCUCCUGUCCUGGGGAUAAACAGAGGUACAGGCCUGAUUAUGCAGUUUUUAUGCUCAAAUACUUUAUGUGCCUAGUGGUUGGAAUAACCUCCGGUGUAUGGAUAUGGUCAGGAAAAACUCUGGAAUCCUGGAAAAGGUUAACAAGUAGAUGUUGUAGGAACAGCAAACCAAUUAAUGCCUCGGCAUACAGUGAGGCCAGCAGAGCUCUAACAGCGAGGACGGGCUUGUCAAACUCCACUUUGCACCACAAGCAAGUGCCACCGUCCCACGUGUAAAUUCACUCUAAUCACUUUACAACUCAGAUGCCAUGAAAAAAAAAUCCCUUGUGCUCUCAGAAUCUUAUUGUUUAGUUCUGCAAACACUGCUGUUCUCUGUGUGGUUUGACACAUUCACAUGUAGAACUGGGUAAUGUAUUAACAUGUUUCUAGUAAUGAAAUCAAUUAUUUCUGUUAAUCUCUGUCGGACAAGAGGCCUGCAGUCGAUGCAGCUUUUCAUAGUGGGGUCUAAUGCAUGGGAGGGAAUAUGGACAGCUCAACAAUCCUGAUAAUAUCUUGUUUAUCAAGAGAACAGGUUAAACCCAACCCUAAAUUGACCAUUUACAUUCAAAAUGUAAAUAUUUAACAUUUUAAAUUCUGUUUCAGAAUAUAUAUAUAUGUUAGUGCCAGUUUGCUAUGGCAAUUUAAUGUAGCAGGGUUUGUGGCUACUGUAUGAUUAUUUAUGGGGUGGGAAAACAUUUUUUAUGACAUUAAAUGUUUCAAAAAUGUACACACCUUACCUUAAUUCUAUGCAUUGCCA